CUAAAAGUUUAUCGUGUUAGUAAAAUGAACGCCGUUUAGUCGGUAUGUAAAAAGCUGUGUACAAGUGCAUCCACAAAUAACCGAGGAGAAAUUGCGCUUCAACUUUGGAUUUUUCAAGUUUAGUUUAUUUGCAGCGACGCAGUCAUUUUCCAUAAAAACAAUGAAUGCGCUCUACUUUGUCUAUUGCUUUGUUAUUUUGAAUAGUAAACUAAUAUCCUUGAAUGGUAAUCCGUUCAUUGGAUACAACGUGAAACAAGCUGAACCUCAUGAGUUUGAUUUCAUAGUAUCAAUAAGUAUAAAAAAUUAUGCAAAUACAUCGAUAGAAGAAGACUAUCACAUUUGUGGUGGAGCACUAAUAACUACAAGACAUAUUCUAACCUCAGAACAUUGCAAAUGUGACGGAUCUGUCGAAAUUGAGGAUUACACUGUUAAAAUAGGACAUGAUUUACGGAAUUGGGAAGCCAAUUUUAGUAUUGAAUCAUGGAAAAGUUUCAAAAAGUGUUGUUGCCCUUUGUUCAGACGAGAAACCACAUGCAACGAUAUAGCUGUACUCAAGCUAACAGAAGACAUACGGUCGAAAAUAAUUAGAGAAAUAGAAUUACCAGUACUAAACUAUUCACCAAUUGAUCAACUAUACUACAAAAAUGCCUCAACUGCUGGCUGGGGUAACGUAAAUUCUACGUUACGUCCACGAUACAUGCAGAAAGUAGUAAUGAAAACAAUAAGUAAGGAAGAGUGUCUGAGGAAUAUUAAUGAGGCGCCGAGAAUCAUAGAAUCAGAGAAAGAAUUACGAAAAAACUAUAUUCUGGAAAGUAAUAUUCUUUGUAGUAAUGGCAACCCGGUACCCGGAGUGGUGCCGUACACAGUACUCGGAGACGGCGACAGCGGUAGUCCUCUUAUAAUUGGUAAAAAUCAGAUAAUUGGUAUUAACCAAGCUAAUUCUCCAGACUACGGUCCAGAAUAUCAGGCAUUCGAUCAAAUAUUGCAUGUUGCUCUUUAUGCUCAUCGAAAAUUCAUUGAAAAUCAAAUAAAAGAGACAAGAACAUUUAAUUGCUCUGAAACCUAGAGAAUUUUUAUGCGUUUUAAAAAAUUGUUAUAACUGUACAUUUGUAUGUGCGAAUCAUAAUAUUUUACAAACACCUGAGAACUUUCAGAUAAACCAGCAGCUCCACUUAUUGUAACAUAAUCAACAUCAUUUUCCACGGCAGACGACGUAGACGUGUGAUAUGUAGCGUGUAUCCAAAAAGCUGGUAGAUCGAUCCUACUAUUUCGGAAACAUUUUUAACCCUCUUAAUGAUUGUAAUGAAACUAAUAGUAUGAAUCGGUUUUAUGAUUUAUAAAAUAAAUUGAUGAAUUUCACCUUCGAAUUUUUCAGUCUCUUUUAUGUAAUCAAAAAUAGAUGAAACCACAAAGAUUCGGUUUCUCUUUAAAAUGUGUUAACCAUAAUACUAACUAAUACCGGCCUAGCCCCGAAGUUUUAUUACAUACGGAACAUUUUUUUUCAAGUCCAUCAAA